AUGUUGUUUAAUUGGGACAUAGAACAUCUUUGUGUAGUUUUUUCAUGGUGGCAUAUAAACUCAAUACCAAUUCUUAUUUUAUCAUGUGGAAUUAUUAUUUUAAUUGGUGUAAUUUAUGAAUACACAAAAUAUUUAUCAAAAAAUUAUGACAAGAAAUUAUAUCUAGAAGAAUAUCGUUCAAUACCUGAAGAUGAUAAUUUAGUAUCAAAUGAAGAGGAAUCUAGAAGUAGGGGCUCUAGAAUAUCAACAAGAGCUUCUAAAUCUCAACAAGUCUUAAGAUCAUUAAUUUAUUCUAUUCAAGUAACUUUGUCACUUUUCAUAAUGUUAAUAUUUAUGACUUAUAAUGGAUUUCUUAUCAUAAGUGUUGUAUUGGGUGCUUUUAUUGGUAGUUAUAUCUUUACAUUUUUCAAACAUCAUAAUAUUGCAAAAGAAUUUGGAUUUAAACAAUAUGAAGUUUCAAACUUUUAUAAAAAUUCAAAAUAUAGUAGACAUAAUUUUGGAUAUUGGAAUGGUUUGGAUUAUCUUGGAAUUGGACCUGGAGCUCAUGGUAGAUUAUAUGAUAUGAAAAAUAAUAAAAGAUUAAGAACUUUUAGAAUUUUAUAUCCUGAAGAUUGGAUGAGACAGUGUGAAGAUUUAGGACAUGGAAUGAGAAAAUCAGUCGAGAUGGAUUUAAAAACUAUCAAAGAAGAAUUGAUUGUUUUUGGAUUAAGAACUAAACUUGGUAUACCCAAGAAAAGAUUUAAUCUACAUUCAGAUGGGGAACAAUUGGAAGAU